CGAUCGAGAGCAGGGUCAAGAUGGACGGCGCUAGGCGCGAAGAAGAAGCCCGCCGAGCAGCGGAGAAAGCAGCGGAAGACGCCCGGAUCGAAGGCCUGGUGAACGAGAGAGUAACAGCUACCCAAGCUCGGAUGGAGCAGCUGAUGGAGCAGAAACUGGCCGAGAAGAUGGCCAAAUUGGAGGUACGACAACGAGCCGAGCAGCAGAGCACAGAAGAUCUCCGGAGCGGGACCGAGAAACAAGGGGCACCACACCAGCAGCAAGCUGGGAGCCCAUCGCCCAACCCCUCCGCCGACGAUCUGACCAACUCGAUCGCGAAUGCCAUUGCCGGCCGCCUCCAGACCUCAUCCGGCGACAUCAUGAAAUCCCGCAAGAGCACUUCGGGAGGUUUUCUAUUUUACGGAGCUAGCCUCGCACGGUGCGAUUUACCCAGACAAUUAGGUAACGACCACCUGGUGUCUGCCCUGUCGUCUGAUUACACCCUUGAGAAGAGGAUGCUAGACAUCAUGGCAGAUUUGACCCUUCAGAAGAUAGAGCAGUCCGUGAAGGAUGCCUACGCGGACCUGGUGCGCGUGGGGGAGGAGGAGCAAAAGAGUGGCGUGGGGCACGCUUUCGUCGCUUCGAGUGCACCCCGGGGCGAAGGAGGUGUCGCAUAUGGGUCGAGCGGGAACGGCGGCGGACAGGACGGCAAAGGCGACGGCCGGAGCAGGAGCAACGAGCCCAGGGGAGACAGGUGUUGUCACCUUCAUCCGUGGUCAAACCACACCGACGCGGAGUGCUACCAGCAGCAACGGCAAAAGGAGUGCAGGCAGCAUCAUCAGCGGUAG